AUGCGACAAGACGAGGAAAAUUCCGAGGAAGAGUUCGCAGAGAUUGAUCCCACUGGUCGCUAUGGACGAUAUAAUGAAGUUCUUGGCAAAGGAGCUUUCAAACAAGUAUACAGAGCGUUUGAUCAACUGGAAGGAAUCGAAGUGGCUUGGAACCAAGUUAAGCUAGACGAUAGACACUGUAGCUCAGAGGAUUUAGAACGUCUUUACUCUGAAGUUCACUUACUCAAAACCCUUAAGCACAAAAGCAUCAUCAAGUUCUACACUUCUUGGAUCGAUCACCAACACAUGACCAUCAACCUCAUCACCGAAGUCUUCACUUCCGGAAAUCUUAGACAGUACCGGAAGAAGCACAAGUGUGUUGAUUUAAGAGCACUAAAGAAAUGGUCAAGGCAGAUUUUAGAAGGGCUUGUUUAUCUUCACAGUCAUGAUCCUCCUGUGAUCCAUAGAGAUCUUAAAUGUGAUAACAUAUUGAUCAAUGGUAACCAAGGUGAGGUCAAAAUUGGAGAUCUCGGGCUAGCCGCCAUUCUGCAUCGAGCUCGCUCAGCUCAUAGCGUCAUCGGAACUCCUGAAUUUAUGGCGCCUGAACUCUAUGAAGAGGACUACAAUGUUCUUGUCGAUAUAUACGCGUUUGGAAUGUGUUUGCUUGAGCUUGUAACUUUCGAGUACCCGUAUGUCGAAUGUACAAAUGCUGCUCAGAUUUAUAAGAAAGUUACAUCGGGAAUCAAACCAGCUUCACUUGCAAAAGUGACUGAUCCGCAAGUGAAAACAUUCAUAGAGAAGUGUAUCGCAAAGGUCUCAGAACGCUUGUCGGCCAAGGAACUACUUGAUGAUCCUUUUCUGAAAUGCGAAAGUGUCACAUCUUACAAAGAAAACGGAUGCAAUGGAAGAGAAAGAGAAGAUAAACUCUCAGAUACUGCGGUAGGUUUAUUAACCGUAGAAGGCCAACGUAAAGACCUCAACACAAUCUUCCUUAAACUACGGAUCACCGAUUCCAAAGGUCAAAUCCGUAAUAUACACUUCCCAUUUAACAUAGAGACGGACACAUCUUUCUCAGUAGCCAUCGAAAUGGUCGAGGAACUAGACCUAACCGAUGAUCAAGACAUCUCAACGAUAGCUAAAAUGAUUGACGCAGAGAUACAUUCACACAUUCCCGAUUGGAUCCCUUCUAGUCUUAACGGAGAUUAUUCAACCAUGCAAAGAUGUUUAUCUUCUCCUCAUUCGCUGCAUUUAGAUAGAUUUCCCUCAGGAAGAAAAGUCUGGUCCUCUCCUAAAGCUGGAGAUUCACGUUCUCCCUUCGCUCAACGUUCUAGUUCUAAGCUUUCGUCGCCAUCAAAAGAACGCAUCAAUGAAAAAGAAGUUGGGAUUGUAGUUGAGAAACUUGAGUCUUUGUUGAGGAAACAGAGAGAUGAUAUUGAAGAGAUGCAUCGAGAUCAAGAACGUGCUGUUUGUCAGUUUUUGAAAGAGUUUCCUCCUGAGAUCUGUGAAGAGGCUUUGCUCAGAUUGCAAGCUAUGGAUUCCCACAGUUUGCUGUGUUAAAUUCUUUUGUUACAACAUGAGUACAUUUCUCCUCAACAUUUAUUUGGUUUGCAAUAUUAUGUUAUACUACAAACUAUUAUCGUGUAAGGAAAAUUAUCAUUUUAAUUAGGGUUUGACUGGUAAAAC